GUGGCCUAAAGGGGUCAAGGGUCAGACAUCAGGAUGGGCUGUAACAUGUGUGUGGUGCAGAAGCCUGAGGAGCAAUAUCGAGUCAUGUUCCAGGUGAAAAGUAAAGAUUUAUCUCGACUGUCUCGUGAGCAGACCCUUCAUGCGCUGCACUGCAGGCGUAACAUGGGGUGGUGUCAGAAGAGGAAAGCAGGUGUUCCUGGAGUUGUUGGUGGGACAAUGGUAAUGACUGACUGUGUGGACAGCGGGACGCAGACAGAUAUUAGUUUCCCACACAUGGUGACAUUAGGCAGGCCUGUCCAUCACAACAGACCAGCGUCACCUCCAUCACCUCCACUUCCACCAGUGCCAGAGCCUUACCUCUUCAACCAGCUCCCUCCUAUGGACCAUGUGUACUACGACCCAACAGACUACUUCGAUAUUAGUCAACAUGAGGUGGACAGACAAGAUGACCUGGAGUAUGAGGAGGUAGAACUGUACAAACCUUGCCAGCAAGAUAAACUGGGUUUAACAGUGUGUUAUCGCACUGAUGAUGAAGAGGAUCUGGGGAUCUAUGUGGGUGAGGUCAACCCCAAUAGCAUAGCUGCUAUGGAUGGCCGAAUCCGUGAAGGAGACAGAAUACUACAGAUAAAUGGAGUGGAUGUUCAGAACAGAGAGGAAGCCGUGGCCAUCCUGACCAGAGAGGACAGCACCAACAUCUCUCUGCUACUGGCACGACCAGAUAUUGAGAAUGAGGCAGAUGAUCUGGAUUUAGAGUUGAGUGUUGGCCAUCUAGAGGACUUGGAUAAUGCUUCUAACUUACCCAGCCCUCAGCAUCGUAGCAAAGCCAGUUCCUUACUCGGUGACCACAACGGAAUCCGAGCUGGUCGGCCAAACUUGUGGCACACCGCACUUAAUAACAGCCAGGAGCUGGACAGUGGAGUGGGUCGCACAGAUGAAAGCACACGCUGUGAAGAGUCCUCAGAGCAUGAUCUACUGGCUGAUGAUGCCACCAGUGCAUGCACGACCAACGCCACCAAUACACCUGGUAGCAUGCGCAAGUACCACGCUGCUCCGCAUGGAUUGGAAUUCCACUACAGCAACGACUCCCUACUGGGGCCAGAUGGAGUGGGAACAGGAGACCAUGGGGUCCCAGAAUCACUGGGGCCGGUGACAAGUAGAGUUCUGAUGCCAGGGUUAACAGAGGAGGAAUAUGAACGUUACCAUGAGCUACUGGAGCUCCGUUGCCUUUAUGAGAAAAAUGGAAAUGCACUUCUUUUGGAUAGAAGGAACUUUGGAGCAGGAGAUGAUUCUGCUGUAGCAGGUGUUCCAUUAGACAUGAACUGUAAUGAGAGUCUGAUAGAUCAUGAGAUUACUCUUCUAGAGGAGGAAAUUCGUCACCUGGAGUUUAAGUGGCGAAAUGUUUUGCGGGCUCAAAAGAUGCAGCAGUUACGCCAACGUUGCUUGAAGGUCUGGCCAGCUGAUGAAGAGGACGAUGAAGAAAAGGGAGCAAAGGCUAGGAGUGGAGGUGCUGAUGCGCUUCAUCAUGAUCUGUCAGACAUCAACGAGAUUCCAGAAAGGGAACGCUCGGACAAGGAGAGUACAAGCGCCUAUAAUACUGGUGGGGAAAGUUGUAAAAGCACGCCUCUGGCAAGCGAACGGCACCCUUCGCCAUCUGCGGCUGGAGAUUCCAGUGCCUCUGCAACCAUGCGACCUUGGACGCCACGUCACAGAACAAGUACAAGUCGUGAAAAGAAUCUAAACCUGCCUCCUUCAUCAGAUUCCAAAAGAAAGAAUGAAGAAACAGGGGAUAGUAGAAACUCUAGUCCAGCAACAAGGCUUCGUUCAUUAUCUCGGAAUGGCGGCAGCAGUAGAAAGGGCUUGGAUGGAGCAAGCAAGGGGUCCCGUGCAAAUGGGACUCUGUCUCCUGGGAUAACAAAAGGGGGAAGGAGUGCAGAGAACAGUCCGUAUCUAUCCCGUCGCGGGACCACACUGCCUCCACGUUACCAGAGUUGCAUGUACUUGAUGGACAUCUCUACCAUUGAUAGUCCAGAAGUUAGGGACUCCUUUGAAGAAGUUCCUGCUCAACUGAAUACCAUGACUUGUGUAAACAGAGACACCGCAGCUGCCCCUGCAAGUUCUAUGAUUACGCCACCACCUCAAUCUUCACCUCGAAUGGAGUGGAAGGUCAAGAUCCGCAGUGACGGCUCACGUUAUGUUGCUAAACGUCCAGUUAGAGAUCGUUUACUGAAAGCCCGUGCCAUGAAGAUUCGGGAGGAGCGCAGUGGGAUGACCACGGACGAUGAUGCGAUCAGUGAAAUGAAGAUGGGGCGCUACUGGAGCAAAGAGGAACGCAAGCAGCAGCUGCUAAGAGCUCGUGAACAACGGCGACGCCGUGAGUUCAUGAUGCAGAGUCGACUGGAUUUCUUGCGUGAGAAAGCGAAGGAGCAAGAUUCCGGGCCACAGGGACAUGCUUCCAUACUUGAGUUGAGUCAGAAAAAGAGCAUGAAGAAACGAAGCCGACGCAUCCUGGACAACUGGAUUACCAUUCAGGAGCUCCUGGCGCAUGGGACCCGUUCAGUUGAUGGAAAGAAAGUGUACAACCCUUUGCUAUCUGUGACCACUGUUUGAUAAGCGGAGCGAAACAGUCUGGACAAAUAAAAGACUAAAGUACAGUGAAAUCAAUGGGGUUCAAAAGGUUGUGUCUAGAAGGAAACCGUCAGGAUGGGAAAAGUCUCGUGAGAGUCAUAUGCAACAUUCAUAAACAGAGUUUUUUUCGGAGUCCCAUAUAAACCCUUCACCUACCCUUACCCCCAAACAUAACCCUAAUAUUAACCCUGACAUAAGUAACAGCAAAUGCAACCCUCGCAAGACAUUCCUGCCUCUUGGUUACCUAUAGACGCAACAAAAUUAAGAAAAAAGCUAAGGUAUUUGGAUUACAAAGUUUACCAAUGAUUUGUGGCUGUCCAAUUAAGAUGCUUAGAAGUUUAAUCAAGAAAUAAUGGAGAUGGAUGUAAAUGUUAAAAAAAGAUACAGGUACAAUGGCAAGUGAAUGUAAAUGUUUUUGUCAUUAAGAUGAACUCUGGUGAACUCUCACAUGAACUCUUACAUGCACAAGCAGACUGUUUCAAAGUGAAAAGCAGCAGUGGUCUUAAGCAUUUACAAACAUUAUUUAACUUUUCCACUUUUCACAAAUACUUUUCAAUGUACAAACAUUUAUAGAUAACCACUUAAACCAGCAUAAACCAUGUCAUUAUUUUGGCUGAAUAAGUGUGAUCUCCUUAGAAAAUGAGAAAAAAGUUGGCAAUAUCAAGCAUAUUGCAAUAUUAAGCUUACUGUAACUGUUAACUGGAAUUAAUUUAAUAACUUUAGAAGCAUAUGAAUCAUUGAAGAACCAAAAAGCACACAGACAGCUAAAAGUACACACAAAUAGGCACAACCAAUGAUAAUGUCAAACACUGACAUUGUCCAAAGAAUAUUUGAUGCAAUGAUUGUAAAAUUUUGGGAUAAUUGUCAACUCUCAAGGAAGAAAUGGGAUAUUGACACAAAUAAAUUAUUUUGUUGUCAGCUUGCAAAAUCUCAUUUGAAACCGUACCCUUUUGCAUGAUGUUGUCUAGAAAUUUUGAAACUAUAGGGCUUUUCACACUGCGCUUAACCCCGGUUUAUUGUCUUUUUAAACACGCUUUUAACCACAGGAAAAGCACUAUUUCUCACUAUUUUGAAACGGGGUUAGCACUUCUUUUAACCCAGGUUUAUGAAACCCUGUACUGGAGCAGGGUUUGAACCGCAUUUGCAAGGUAAACCCUGCAUUGCGGUUCCGGUGCCAAAGGAAUACAGUGUUAAACGAUGCAGUGUUAGAAUGUAAUGAAGUUACAGUUUGUUUAACAACACACAACCAAUCAUAUAAUACAUCAGUACUUACCUCAUUUAAUAUUUAAGCACAUUGUACAGUACAAAAACUUAAUUUGUUGUUUAAGUUUCCCAUCUGAGGGAAAGUGGUAAAAUGUCAAACAAUGAGGGCAAACACGAUAACUGGAAUGAAAAAAAGACAGUAUUCCUUUUGGCGUGUGUUUUGUUAGAAGACGAAAGACAAAAAAUGCUGGUUUGCUUGACGACAUUUCCACAGAAAAGCAGCUCUGCUGAAAGGUUAAGUGUAUAAGAGGUUAAGGUAAUUAACCCUGGGUAUUCAUGUUCCGAGGUUUCACACUGUACAAUUUGUAAACUUCGGGUUAGCAUUCUUAUUUACAGUGUCAAUAAAAAUUAUUAUUAUUCGAUGAUCUCAACAAUUCACUUGCAAAGGACAUGCAACCUAUUAAUGGAGCCUUACAAAAAUCUAAACUAGCUGCAAACUUGCAGCUCGUUAUUUACACAUGCAAAUGUGCUUGUGAUUCACCGCAAAUGUUUGCCAGAAGUUUGCAGCUCUUCGCCGGUAGUGGUGAACCUCCGGCAAACCUUUGACAACAAUGGACAAUUUGCUGGAAGUUUGCCGCAAAACUCAUUUGCAUGUGAAAAUUAUCAGUGGCGAAUUUGUGACAAACUCUCAAUUUUCGUAAGGGUAUCACCAGGCAAAUCAGUGUGGUUUGUCAUUCGUCUUCUGAACCAAACCACGAAAACACAUGCCAAAGGCAUCCUGUUUUUUCAUCACAGCAAUUAUUGCGUUUAACAUCACUGUUUGAAAUUUUACCGGUUUCCUUCAGAAGAAUAACGUAGAAUUUUUUUUUUUUUUUUACAUUUCUAAAACUGUACAAAGCACAUGAAUAUUGAAUGAGGUAAGCACUGAGGCAUUAUAUGAUUUGUUAUCUUUUGCCAAUCUUUCUGAAACAUUCUGACACCACAUCGGUUUACACUAUAGCUGUCACAGCAAAUGUGGUUGAAGAAAACCAGGUUAAAAGCGGUGCUAACCCCCUUCCAAAAAGGUGUGAUAUGUUGCUUUACCCAUGGUUAAAAGCAAGGUUUAAAAAGACAAUAACCCAGGUUAAGCACAGUGUAAAAAAGGCCUCUUAUGUUGUGUGAACUGUUGAGUGAUAUUGUUGCUGUAUCUUCUGUAAUACUUGUCUACAGGACACUAAUAUAUUGUGUCCAAAUGUUUAUUUAACAUUUAGCAGGUCUAAAAUGAGGGACUUUCUGCUUAUAAAUGUUUUUGAAUAAAACUUUUGCAACCUAAAUUAAAGCACAUUAUCUUACUCAUUUUAUGUCAUAAUGUUUCAUUGUUAGAAAUCUUCCAAAAUCC